CCUUGGGUAAUUUUGUCGCCAUUUCCUAAAACCCUAUAACCCCACUUCUUCUCCGGCCUAUACCCCAAUUAACAUAGAGCCAGCCCUGUAAAAAGCUCGAUUGAUCCGAAAAUGGCGUCUCUGAUAUCUGAAACCAUCCCAAGGUUCACCGCCGAAGCUCUCCGCGCCGCCGCCAAACAAUCCGAAGGUUGCCACGUCGUCCACGUCCGUCUCCGUCGUGCCAUCAAACGUUAUCUCCGAGAGCAAGAGGAUACUCAUAUGAGGAGGAAAGUGUUGAGCUUGACCCAGUCGUUCAACGAAAUAAAGGAUGUGAAUCUCAUGCUCACUGCCUCCACUUCGAAAGAGCUCGUUGAAGAUCCUCUCAAGUCAGUGGAAAGCUCAAAACGGUGGAAGAUCAAGAGCUCUUAUGGCGACAUCGGUCUCAAGUACAGAGAAGACCAGACCGUCGCUUAUGUAGCCUCCCGAAUGCCCGCUGUCUACUCUGCUUGCUAUAGAGUUCUCAGUGAGGUUCGUAGAAGGCUACCUGGUUUUUCUCCAACAAGGGUAUUGGAUUUUGGUGCUGGUACUGGUUCAGCUAUGUGGGCAGUGCGUGAGGUCUGGCCAAGAUCUUUGGAAAGAAUUAACUUAGUAGAGCCAUCCCAGUCAAUGCAACGUGCUGGUCAGAGCCUCAUAAAGAACCUAAAGAAUCUGCCACUGAUUCACAGCUAUGAUAGUAUUCAAUCACUAACUAAGAAUAUUAACAAAUCUGAGAGGGACCAUGACCUCGUCAUUGCUUCUUUUGUGCUUGGAGAGAUACCAUCACAGCAGGACAGAAUCACUAUUGUGCGCCAGCUUUGGGAUCUUACACAAGAUGUUCUGGUUUUGGUGGAACCUGGAACACCACAUGGAUUUAACAUCAUAUCGCAAAUGCGGUCCUAUAUUUUAUGGAUGGAAAAAAGGAAACGCCGCAAAUCAAAGGGUGCAAUUGAUGAUACUUCUAAGGAUCUGAUGACUCUUAAGAGUGGGGCCUUUGUUGUUGCUCCGUGUGCUCAUGAUGGACGUUGUCCUUUGGAUAAUACUGGCAAGUAUUGUCAUUUUGUUCAGCGUUUGCAGAGGACCACAUCACAGCGUGUGUACAAGAAGUCCAAGGGGGGGAAGCCUUUACGUGGUUUUGAAGAUGAGAAGUUCUGCUUUGUGGCUUUCAGGCGAGGUCAACGACCAAGGAGAGAUCCAUGGCCCCUUGACGGUAUGAAGUUUGAUACUUUGAAAGAGCUGCAUGCUAAAAGGAAUCCAGAGGAUCUUGAAAUUGACUAUGAGGACCAAUUUGAGUCAGAAGCCGAGGAUGUUCCAUAUGGAGAUAAUCCAAUUUCCUAUGAUUCCGAUAUUAAAGAAGCAGAUGACGACAUCCCUGAGGAUGAUGACGAGGGGGAGGAGGAAGAAAAUAAAGAAGAGACAGCUUCUGCUGAUCUUGGGCCAGGUUGGGGCAGAAUCAUUGAGCCUCCUGUUCGAAGGGGAAGGCGGGUUGAACUGAACGUCUGUCGAGCAGCAAAUCCUGAUGGAUCUGAGGGAGCCUUGGAGCGCAUUGUUGUUACGCAAAGUAAGAAUCCUACAUUGCAUAAGCAGGCCCGAAGAUCUUUUUGGGGUGAUUUGUGGCCCUUCUCCAUGUUCGGUUUGGGUCUCUAGACCCAAACUUUUCUCUUUGAGGACACGGUCCCCAAUAUUUUUUCUUCAUAAUUAUUACUCUCAUUUCUCUUUCUAUCUCUCUCUACUCAUUACCCUCAAAACCCAAGCCAAACAUACUCCUUGAUGUAACGUACCCGUUUUCAUGUUAUUGUGAUGUAUACAUGAAUCCUGUUAUUAACAA